AUGACUGAACAUAGUUGGUUUCAUGAGUAUUGUGUAAAAACAACUUCACAUUGUAUGCAGUAUUUUGUGAUGAAGGACAGAUCACCAGUAGAAAAAUUGUUUUGGAUUCUGACGUUUCUUUGUAUGAUAUCCAUUACGUUUGGAGCUCUGAGAGUUUUGAUUUACGUUUGGAUUGAUAGUCCAACUAUAAUAUCUAUUGAAAAUACAGAAUCAGCUAUUCAAGAUAUACCUUUUCCAUCAAUUAAUAUUUGUCCAUCAAACCAACUGCGAAAAUGGAUUUGGGAGAAAUACAUGAACACAAACAGUUCCUAUUGGGAACAUCUUCAACAAUACCGAUCUAUUAUAUGUUCCUUGGAUGUUUAUAAUUAUGACGUUUCACAAAAGUUUUCAAGAAAUUAUUUUGAUAAGAAUUCAAUCGCGAAGUUGAUUGACAAUUGUGCGAUUAGCUGUCCAGAAGUAUUUCAAUCAGAUGCUAAAUGGGAAAAUCUAACCGUUCCAAAUUUUUGUCAGUUUAUUCAACCAAAAAUGAGCGUACUUGGAUUAUGUUUUUCGAUUAAUAUGAUACCUUCAUUUGAAAUAUUUAAAAAUGAAUAUAAUCAAAGGUAUUUAAAUUUCUUUUCAAAAAACAAUACGUUUAUUGGUAAAGAGAAAUCAAAUUGGAAUUUAGAUGACGGAUACCCACGCAAUUCAGAAAAUGAUCAUUUUGUCAACAUAAAUCCUGCUAGAACAAGUGGUGUUAGUUAUUAUCAUCGUCUUAGAUUGAUGACUAACACGUUGGACCACGAAUUUUUGAGUUGUCCAUCUGAAAGUUCUUUUUUUGUGAUUUUAACGCUGUAA